CAACGAGUGGAAUUCAUUACCUCAACACGUGGUUGAGGCUCCAUCUGUCGAUUCUUUCGAAAAAAAUUGAAUUGACUGAUAGACCAUCAUUGCCAGGACUAGCAAAGGCCAUCAAGCAUCAUGUCCUUUCCAAACUGAAACUGAUGUUGGACUGCAAGAACGAUUGCGUUUUGCUCUACGUUUGACAAAGGCGUUACAAAAGUUGGCGUUUGCCUUUGGUUAGUUUUUGGUGUUCAGAUGUCCACUGCAGUGUCCUACUUUUGUUAUUUUUAUGCUGUUUACCAUCUUAUAGACAGGUGACGAUAUCAGACCAGCUGACUGAGACUAAUCUGGCUAUAGCAAUCCGAAUUUUCUCAUAAGUUAACGCUUUCUUUCUCAUUAUUCUUGGUUGCUUGGGCAUAAAUAAUUUUGUGGCACAUUGAGAUGAGGUGUCAACGUGGAUAUUGGUCCUUGGUUUCGAAUUUUUUUAUUCACUGAGAAAUGCAAACCUCUGAAAUAUUCGUAUUGCUGUAUCUAACAGCUUGUUUUGACACUCUCUUUGGACAGUACUAGUUCUACUAAAAUCGCGUUAAUCACAGUGGGCUACCCUAUAGGUUAGACUAUAUAUAGUCUUGUGAAUCCUAGUUACAUACUUUGCAAUCAGUAUAAGUAAGACAAUGGAGUAAAGUCUAUAUCGUCGUUAAAUUCGGUAAGGUUCUGGUAUUCGUUUCUCGACAAUAAUAUGUAGUUUCCAAUCCCUCAUUAUUAUACCGAGCCCUUAUUCAACCUCAAAAGCAUCAUCCCAUCGGUGCGUUUGUUUUUCCGGUAGUAACUGAACAUUGAUGUCAAUUUAAGUGCUAUAACUUAAACUAGCAAAAUGACGAUUACGUUCAGUCUAGUAAAAACAGAUUUUCGAGAGGAAGAAAAGCUGAAUAUAGUGGUUCUUUCUUAGUUGAACCUAAUUCCACAACUCGGCGCAUCAGAUCUAGUAUGACUAGUUUUAACUUACUUGUAUAUUACGUAUGUCUAUCUAAUUUUUGAUGUAUGUGAAAUCUUUCUACACUUAUCCGUUAAAAACAAGUCGGUACCCACAAUAUAGCGUCACGUUCAUACAUUGGAAACGCAACACAAAUACGCGCCCAAGUAUUUUGUCAUCUUAACUAAUAAUCCAUGUUGUCCGGCUUGAUAAAAUAUAUCAACAUCGCAAAAUGCGACUAGUAGUUUGGAGUUCAGUAUCAUAUCACCAAUGUAAGGCCGGAUAUAGCUGCCGAAAAAGUCAAGGGCAACACUAACAAUUAAUAGUAACAAGAGGGAAGUAAUAAAGCAGUGGUGAUGAACAAUGAAAAAGGUUUUAAAAUUUUGUUUUCAACCAAGUUAUCUACAAAAUAAAACCAAAAUGUGUCUCUAACUCGAAAGACGUCUGUCUGGAGUUGGUUCAACGUGAUAGUCUCGAAAACACUUGCUUGUUGACUAAUAGUUUCUUCCCCUUACACACUUUUCCACCUAGUGACUUACUUUAAAAUCAUUGUUUAUCCAUAUCGACGGUAUUUCUCAUAAAUAUAAUGUCCUAUGUAUAUAUAUUAAGACAUCAUUUUUGAAUGUGCAAGUGUGACAAUAUUAUUAUUGAUUUAUAAAUAUUCUGUUCCAAAUGAAAUACUGAACUCAUUGCUUUUCAUAUCGAUCUACGGAUGCUGAUAUAUCAAGAUAACGAACUUAAAUUCCCAGGUUUAUUACUAAUUCUGUUUUGACUUUUCCUUAAUUCGCUUAGCGUACAAUGACGUCUGAACACAUUGGAGUUGUUGAUGCUCUCCCGUACUUCGACAAAGGAUACGAUGAUCCUGGGAUUAGAGAAGCUGCAGCUCUUCUCGUCGAAGAGGAGAUGAAACGAUAUAGACCAACGAAAAAUUAUCUGGAACAUCUCCCUUCUUUAUCUGGUCCUAUUCAAAUGAAGUUUGAGACUGAGGUGAUGAAAGCUGAAUUUGACAGGCUCUCAAAUCGUUUGCCUAUGGAAAUGCUAAGUAUGAAACGUUACGAGCUACCCCCACCCCCGGCUGGAAAAAUGACUGAUGUGAAAGCAUGGCAAGACGCAAUGGAAAACGCUGAAGCACAGUUAGAACACCAAGCAACAAGAAUUGAGAAUUUAGAACUAAUGGCAGAUUAUGGAUGUAAUGCUUGGAAGCAAUACAAUAAUGUUUUGGAAAGCUCUCUGCAAAUUUACGAGAAGGAGCUCUUAGAAAUAAGGCGAAAAAUCCAGGAAAUAAACUGGCGCCGUAAACAAGAGCAAACAGCUGCUGGAAGACAUCUCAAGGAAUUAGAAGAAUCAUGGGUCGGUCUGGUUGGCAAAAACUAUGAAAUCGAGCAAGCCAUAUCAGAACUAGAGCAGGAACUAGGUGUAUUUUCAGAACCAAUGGAUAGUGAAGAUCAGUGAAGUUGUAUAUAUAUGCAUAUUAAUAUACUUUGUUUUCUAAAUGUAAAAAGUAGUCAUUCUGGCAUUUCACUUAAUCGUAAUCACAAUCUAGUUAUCCUCUUACUGAUGAGACGACUGAAUUAAAAAACACGAUAGGAUCACACAAAGUGGUCAAAAUGAUGCUUCGCUCAUAGAAUCAAUCUUUAAAUCACCAACGCGUAUAUUUUGGAAUACAGUAGCACUAGCCAAGUAAUUGAACUAAUAUAAGGGGAUUCAAAUUGUUCC